GAAAACGCUGCGUUUAGAACUCAGUCAGAGUGUGACUGUCAUUCGAAUUGAAAUAGCUCUUCCUUCAACUACUCAGACAGUGCGGUGGAUUGAUGAACUUUCACAUGGAUUUAACGGUGAAGGCGUUGUUGUAUUGACGGUAGAAAAUGGACUUGAUUUUCCUCCAACUUGUGCUAGAACUGACUAUGGUCAAUAGAAAGAAAGUUGAUCAUUCAGUUUAAUAUUUACCGGUGCUUCUUAUUAUAAGGCUACUGAUGGAAGGGAGAAUAAACUAUCAGGAGUGAGAGAUAAAUACUCGGAGCUUAUCUGAAUAUUAGCCAAAAUUCAAAACUGAAAUAUGCUUCACUGGUGAAAAGCUGGCAACCUAAUAAACUCUGCCGAAAUGGGAUCGAUUUGGAGACCUGCAGAGAUGUUACGUCUUACAUUGGUCAUCUCUCAUUUGAUGGGAGGUGUGUUAUCACUUACGCCACCAGUGGUUCAAAUCGGCAAUGGAAAACUGCAGGGAACCUACUACCGCACAUUCAACGAUCGCGAUGUGCUUGCGUUCCUUGGGGUGCCGUUCGCGGAACCACCUGUGGGUAACAUGCGGUUCCGUCCGCCGUUGCCUGUGAGAGGCUGGGAAGGCAUGCGCGUUGCAAACGACACGAGAGCUCCCUGUCUACAAUACAACCACUACCUGUCCGCUAUCGGCAGGAAACCCAUCAUCGGCCAAGAAGAUUGCCUCUACCUCGACGUAUACACUCCACGACUACAAACUGAUCGACUUAUGGAAGUCGUGGUGUUUGUACAUGGUGGAGCCUUCACCUAUGGAUCACGCAGUGGAUUCAACCCCAAGUAUUUACUUGCUGAGAAGGAACUAGUCCUUGUGGUGAUCAGCUACCGGGUGGGACCCUUUGGGUUUCUCAGUACUGGUGACGAAGUCGUCCCAGGCAACAUGGGAAUGAAGGAUCAGACUGAAGCUUUAAGAUGGGUCAACAGAAACAUCGAUAAAUUCGGUGGAGACCCUGACAAAGUGACUCUAGCCGGGUUAUCAGCUGGAGGGGCCAGUGUACACUUCCACUACUUCUCCCCAGAAUCUAGAAGAUACUUCAAACAGGGGAUAUCCUUGAGUGGGACUGCAUUGUGCCCUUGGGCACUGAUGGAAUCACCUGAACAAAAAACUACAAUACUUGCCAAUGCGGUCGGUUGUCCCACAAACACAACCUCCCUAGACACCAUUGACUGUCUACGUGAUCGACCCGGAGAGUUGAUUCUAUAUCGAAUGCACUCCACCCUCAUGCCUUGGCUCUUCAACCCCAUAUCCCCCUUCGCACCCACCAUUGAGAACACACCAUCACAGCGACCUUUCCUCGUAGAUCACCCUGAGAAACUGCUCCGCGAGGGAAAAGUGUACGAUGCACCCUGGUUGGUUGGUUUCACAUCUGGUGAAGGAUUCUACCCGGCAUCUGAGUUUGUUCUGGAUGAACGGUUGAUGAGUGACCUCAACAACAAUUGGACAAUCAUCGCACCGCAUCUGUUAGAUUUCAAUUUCACUGAGCCAGAUAGUAACUUGAGGACUGCUAAAAGUAUCAAAAUUAAGGAUCACUACCUCAAGGGAUCACAUUUCCUAACUAGAGAUUCCACCCUGGAUGUGAUAGAGAUGGUCAGUGACAGGAUGUACUUAUCAGCAAUUGAUAAAGCAGUGAGACUACAGGCCAAAGUCAACAAAUCUCCAGUCUAUGUGUACAACUUCGCCUACAGGGGAAGGAACACGUUAUGGGAGCAAUUCGCUGGCAUGAAAACAGACAUGGGGGCCGGACAUGGAGAUGAUGUGGCAUAUGUUCUUGGUGCCUACUUUUCCUGCACAGAUUCCGACGAUGACCGUAAGAUGGUGGAUACAAUGGUCGGUGUGUGGUCGAGUUAUGCCAAUAGUCAACCUGCCUCUGUGGCGGGAGAAACAUGGACACCUCAGGUUGGAGAUAAAAAUGUCACCUAUCUUCUGAUCGAAUCUAGUGAGAGAGCAUCAAUGGAGUCUUCUAACCACCUCGGCAACACUCAUUUCUGGGAUACACUUCUUUCAGCUGAAUUAGCUUCCACCACUAGACAUGACGAGUUCUAGGAAAUCACCAUCAUUUAAAAUUAUCGGACAACAAACGUGAUCAGUGAAUAAAACUACAUGUUAGAAUAUACAGUUGUUAUUGCAACUGGUAGAAAAUUGAAAGUAAUGAUAAUACUAAAAUCACUUCACCUAUAUGGGCUACUUUAUUCAAAUUAAUAAAAACAAUAUAAAAACUUGUAGUACCCUUUUAAAUAACUUCAACCAAAAAUAAUGAAUAAGAAAUAAAUAAAUCAUGAAAAUAAGAAUAUGAACAUAGGUAUCUAAUAUCAGGACCUCUUAUAUACUACCGGAGAUAAGCCUAGAAAAAAAAAUGGCCGCCGUAUGUUGUGGUCUUAUUGACCGAGCGAAGUGAGGUCUAAGAUUUAAGUCGACGGUUUGGCAUUUCUCUUAAUGUUUAAGAGCCGUUUGCACAGUGAAAGUUUAAACUAAAUUUCAUUUUAAACUGGAUAAAAUCCGUAUAAAGUCUCGUUUGUAAUAAUGUGGUUCAUUUUAAGUUUAAGUCACCAGCUGAUUGAAUUCAAUUUAAGCUUUGACUGUGCAAAUGGCCCUUAAUGCUUAAAUGUUGCGCAUUCACGGCGAAACGCGGUAAUAGAUUUUCAUGAAAUUUGACUUAUAUACAAGGUUUUU